AUGUCGCUAACGUCCAUGUCCUACUGGCGAGCCGUGGACUCGGCCACCAAACCGAGCGAGCUAUCGCCGACUCGGACGGCCAGCCCCUACGUCAACGAUCUAACCUCACUAUCAUGGUGCGGGCCUGGUCAAUCUCAGAUGGAUGCGCUGCUGAUUCUAGAAGCCAUCGUCAUGGAAGAGGAUGCCCAGCGAGCGUGCCUCAAUUCGCCGCUGGGAUGA